ACCCAUUAGAAGGGGAAGAAUGUGCAGGAGGGGUGAGGUCACAAAAGAGGGUACAAAAUUGAGAAGGUCGUUCCAGCUAACAGUACCUGACUCACACGUUCAACUUGAAGCUAAUCAAAGAUGAAUGGACCAUAUACAGAAGAGUAAUUAGAAUUCUGCAUGGUAGCAACCAUUGCACCUGACUAUUAAUGGAGUAAACUGUGUUUUCUCAAACUUCUUGGGAGAAAGAAUUGGGAGUGGAAUUUGUUUAAAGGACAUUUGAAGAUUUCGUGUUUACCUUAUCGUGGACAUUACAUUCGUCAACAUGCAAUACCAGCGGCAAACCAUACUGGAUAUUAGGAUAAAGAUACUUCUGUUGGUGCUGUCUCUGCUUCAUGUGCUUCCAGUAAAUGCGACAUCUGGAUCAUCACCUCUUGACUCCUCAUGGGAACCAUCUAUUUCAUGGUCAUCAGACUCAUACCCAUCGGACAGUGACUUAGAAUGGGAAUCAUGUGCACCUGAUACCAAUCCCUGUAUGAAUGGUGCUGAAUGUAUGACGUAUGAUGGUGACAUCUAUUGCUUCUGUCACUGGAAUACAUCGGGAGAAUUCUGCGAAAUUGUUCUAGAAGCUUGUGCAGAUUUCCAUUGUCUAAACGGGGGUACUUGUGGAUCAGAUGGAUGUGAAUGUCCUUCAGGAUACUCUGGUUAUUACUGUGAAGAAGAGGAUUGCCCAGACGGACCAUGCCUAAAUUAUGGUUACUGUCGUCCAAAUGGAAAUAGAUGUCGGUGUGUAGAUGAUUUCUAUGGACCUUACUGCGAAUACCGCGACCUUUGCCCUGAUACGCCCUGUGAGAAUGGUGGGAUGUGCAUAGUUAGUACCCUCGGUGAAUACCAAUGUCACUGCGCGGAUGGAUACUCGGGUGAACGUUGUGAGACUGAAGUCUGUCCUGAUCAAUUCUGCCAGAACAAUGGUACAUGCGUGCAUGUAAAUGGAGACAACUAUUGCAACUGCCUUGUUGGAUGGGAAGGAACAAAUUGUGAGAUGGCUAUUUCGACAGCCUGUGAGAAUCUCACACCAUGCUUGAACGGCGGUACAUGUUACAAUGUGGGAUCAAAUGAAUAUACCUGCGUCUGCCCAGCGGACUUUACUGACACGAACUGCGGAAGAUCAGUUGUAAGCGAUCCUUGCGUGGUUCUCGUCCCUUGCGACAAUAACGGCCUUUGUCUCUAUCUGGGAGCAUCUUACGACAUCGAUUUCGUGUGUGUCUGUACAGCAGGAUUUACCGGACCAUUCUGCAGCGAGGAGCUCAAUCCCUGUGCGAACUUUGUGUGCUUUAACGGCGGUUCUUGUUUCAUAAAUGGUUAUGUACCUUACUGCUCCUGCUCAGAUGGCUGGACGGGGACCUAUUGCAAUGUUUCCUCUAUGACAACCUCGAAUCCAUGUGAAACGGUUGACCCAUGUUUGAACGGAGGCGUAUGUUUGUCUGGGGAAAACGGUCUCUACUGUGUCUGCACAAGCUCAUGGACUGGAAUAUAUUGCGAAUCGUCACUGGUUGACUAUUGUGUAGUUGAACCAUGUCUUAAUGAUGGUGUAUGCAUCUCACUUACAACUACUCAUACCUGCGUGUGUCGAGUAGGCUGGACGGAAACCUACUGCCAAACAUCGCUGUCAGUAGCAUGUGAAGAACGGACGCCGUGUGAAAAUGGAGCCAUCUGCCAAAAUGAAGGCCUCGAUGAUUACUCAUGCGCGUGUGGAGACGGGUGGAAAGGAACCAACUGUGAAGUUGAUGUAAACGAGUGUGUGAACACUGGAAUAUGUGGACAAGGGGAAUGUAUAAAUACAGAUGGAUCUUAUGAAUGCGAUUGCUUUGAUAACUGGACGGGAGAUAACUGUGAUAUGCAGCUGCCUUACUGUACAACAAACCCUUGUCUUAAUGGAGGGUCGUGUGUGGAUCAUGCGAAAGAUCUCGAUUCCUAUACGUGUAACUGCACGACGGGUUGGAAUGGUGACCAGUGUCAAACAGAUAUCAAUGAAUGCGAAAGGACGUCACCAGUCUGUGGAGACAGUGGGACCUGUAUCAAUACUGACGGAUCAUUCUUCUGUGACUGCUUGGAAGGGUUUGGAGGAGACUUAUGUGAUGUACAAGCUGCAAGCUCUGCAUUAUCUUCUGACCAGAUCAUCAUAAUUGGAGCCGCCUCAGGAGGCCUUCUGUUAAUCGUCAUUAUCAUCGUAAUCUGCGCUUGUAUUUGUUCAAGAAAUUCAGCUUCAAAGAGAGGGAACGCCCAAGAUAAUAUCGACGGUCUGGGGCAGCCCAGACCACAUGGCAUAGCACACGAAAAUCCCGCGUACGAACCCGAUCAUACGUCACCGUCCGAACCACCUCCGGAAUACGAACCGAUGGGCAAAUUUCCUUCGCCUUCUUCAACGAUUCGGUUAUCACCGGAUAAUGCUUAUCAAAUCCCGGAUGCGGGCAUACGAAGCUCUCCGUCGGUUGCAACUAACGGAUAUCUACGGCCCAUGGAUGCCGGUGUAUCGCCGGGUCCUGAAAAGAAGGAGUUUCCGGGUUAUCAGAACUAUUUGACACCCAAUGCAGAUACAGAUUCGAGUCACUAUCUGCCUAUGGACGAGGGGAGGAAUAGCGGUCAUGCAGAAGGAGAUGAAUAUCAUAUUUAUGAGGCACUACCAGAUGAUGCUCUGUAUGAUGAACUAAAAGAAUAAGAGACUCAUUUAUAGAACGAAUGACAUCAACACAGUCCUGUUCUCGUGAUUCGCAGUCUGUUGAAGAGAUCAGACUCUGUCUGAAACUUUAUAAUUUGAUGCGAGCAACAGAUUGUUGAGAAUAUGAUAUUUAGAUCCCCCACUCUCUUAAAUUGUAAACAUCUUAUCAGUCACCUGUCUCAAAUAUAUUUUAUACUGAUGUAAUUGUAUAACUAUUCCAUAUAUUAUCUACUUUUUAAUGAUUAUCUAGAAUUAGACGCGCGAUUUGAAAUAUUUUAUUCUAAAACAUUUGCUACUUUUUUAUAGUCCUCUCACAUCAAUUUCCGUUAGUUUCAAUGAAGGAAGGUGAAACUUAUUUAUCUUUUUAUUUCAUUUUUGUUGUUGUAUAUAUCGUGCAAUGGCGACAA